CGCACACACACAGAGAGAUUAAUAGAUUAUCUCUGUACAUGUGACAAAAAUGGAAGCUUUUUUCAGGUUUCUUCCCCUGAUUUUUUUACUGGUGUUCCCUUAUCCUUCUUCUUCACUACCCAUGUGCACCAACAUGAGGGCACCUGUGAUUCGAAAUGAACCUCUGUCAUUUUGUCCAUACAAAGGAAGGGUAUGUUGCGACUCAAAUAAAGACUCCGAGUUACAAAAACAGUUUGAAGCUAUGAACAUCUCAGAUCCAAAUUGUGCUUCUGUUAUCAAAUCAAUUAUAUGUGCUACAUGCGAUCAGUUCUCAGCAAACUUAUACACGAUCGAAUCACAAACACAAACACGUUCGGUUCCACUUCUUUGUAACUCUCCGAAUUCACCCGAUUCUUCAAAACUAUCCUCCACAAGUUUCUGUGCAAACGUAUGGGACACGUGUCAAAACAUUCCAAUACAAAAUUCCCUUUUUGCCCCUACGCUACAAGGAACCACCGGAUCAGCACACAACACAUCAACCAAACUCACCGAUCUCUGGCAAUCAAGGUCCGAUUUCUGCACCGCAUUCGGUCAAACCCAAAUCGAAAAAAGUCAAAAUCAAUGCUUCAACGGGACACCGAUCGAACUAAACUCAACCAAAACCGAAACCCCGGGCCCACCGAAAGGUCUAUGCCUUGAGAAAUUGGGAGACAAAGGUUACAUAAACAUGGCGGCUCACCCAGACGGGUCGAACCGUGUGUUUUUAUCGGACUUACCGGGUAAGAUAUGGGUCGUAACGGUUCCGUCUCACGGGUCGGGUGAAGGAUUAGGGUUUGAUGGGUCCAGCCCGUUUGUGGAUUUAACGGAUCAGGUUAAGUUUGAUACGGUUUUUGGGUUGAUGGGGAUUGCGUUUCAUCCAAAGUUUGUGGAAAACGGGAGGUUUUUUGCUUCGUUUAAUUGUGAUAAAGAAAAGUCGGCUACAUGUUCCGGAAGGUGUGGGUGUAAUUCGGAUGUCGGCUGUGAUCCUUCCAAGAUUGUUGGAGCUGGAAAUGAGCAUCCGUGUCAGUAUCAUAAUGUUGUUGCGGAGUAUACCGUUAAUGGGACGGGUUCGGGUUCGGGUUCUGACCCUAAAAAGGAAAUAAAAGGGAAACCUACGGAAGUGAGAAGGAUAUUUACAAUGGGGCUUCCAUAUACAAAUAAUCAUGGGGGGCAAAUUCUUUUUGGACCUAAUGAUGGGUAUAUGUAUAUAAUGUUGGGAGAUGGUGGAGGGCGAAAUGGUCCUUUUGGUUUUGCUCAAAAUAAGAAGUCAUUGCUUGGAAAGAUCAUGAGGGUGGAUGUAGAUACACUUCCUAAAGCGGAUGAUUUGAAUCUAUGGGGAAAUUAUUCAAUCCCACGUGAUAAUCCUUACUCUGAAGAUAAAGAAUUGUUGCCUGAAAUUUGGGCUUUAGGGCUCAGAAAUCCUUGGAGGUGUAGCUUUGAUUCAGAAAGACCUUCUUAUUUCCUAUGUACAGAUGUCGGUCAGGAUCGUUAUGAAGAGAUUGAUGUGAUUACAAAAGGUGGAAACUAUGGGUGGAGUAUAUAUGAAGGUCACCUUCCUGUUAAUUCAAAAGAAAAUAUAACAUCUAAUAAUUCAAAAGAUGUUAUAUUUCCAGCAAUGGGAUAUAAUCACUAUGAUGUAAACAAAAAAGAAGGUUCUGCAGCAAUUACAGGGGGGUAUUUCUAUCGUUCUACUACAGAUCCAUGCUUAUAUGGCAGUUACCUGUAUGCAGAUUUAUAUGCUACUGCUUUAUGGGCAGCUUUUGAAACACCAUCAAACAGUGGGAACUUUACCACAACUUCAAUCCCUUUCAGCUGUGCUCAUGAUUCACCAUUAGAGUGCACUUCUGUUCCAAACACUAACUUGGCUUCUUUAGGUUACAUAUACUCUUUUGGAGAAGAUAACCAAAAAGACAUAUAUGUCCUUGCAAGCACGGGUGUUUACAGAGUAGUUCGUCCAAGUCGUUGUAGCUAUAGUUGCUCAAAAGAAAAUGCAACAGAAUCUGUUACUCCUCGUGGAUCUCCACCUUCUUCAAAGGGUAAUUAUGUCAUUAGCAAAUGUAUGGAGUUUGUAAUUUGUCUCUCUUUGAUGUUGUUGUAUUUGCUGUGAAUGUGUAAAUGCAAAGAGUAUCAAGAACCAUGUUUUUUUUAUAUAUUUUAGAUCAUUUAUACAAGAACAAUGAAA